GCGGAGGAAAAAUGGGCAACGAUGCUUCCGCCAGAAGGGGAAUGUCUCCGUGCCUCUUUUUGGGACAUGUGCUGGUGGUGCUAGGAUCUUCUUAGAGACAUAGCUGCCUGCUUUCGGAGUGGAAGGCCAAAUGACAUAGGAUGAAGGCUGUUCGUAAUUUGCUGAUUUAUAUAUUUUCCACCUAUCUCCUGGUUAUGUUUGGAUUUAAUGCUGCCCAAGACUUCUGGUGUUCAACGCUGGUGAAGGGGGUCAUUUAUGGAUCGUAUUCUCUAAGUGAAAUGUUUCCCAAAAACUUUACCAACUGCACAUGGACGCUGGAAAACCCAGAUCCAACCAAAUAUAGCAUUUACCUGAAAUUUUCCAAAAAGGACUUUACUUGCUCUAAUUUUUCCUUGCUGGCUUAUCAGUUUGAUCAUUUUUCCCAUGAAAAAAUUAAGGAUCUCUUAAAGAAUAACCAUUCUAUAAUGCAGCUGUGUGAUUCCAGGAAUGCUUUUGUAUUUCUGCAAUAUGAUAAGAAUUUCAUUCAGAUACGUCGAGUCUACCCCUUUGAGUUCAUAGGAUUACACAAAAAGGAAGAUGAUAAAAAGUCUUUCUUUGAAUUUUUGGUUUUGAACAAGGUGAGCCCAAGCCAGUUCGGUUGCCAUGUAUUAUGCACUUGGCUGGAGAGUUGCUUGAAAUCUGAGAAUGGGAGAACCGAGUCCUGUGGGAUCAUGUAUACAAAAUGCACCUGCCCUCAACAUUUAGGAGAAGAAGGGGGAAAUGACCACUCCAUGGUGUUGCUCAAUAAUGUCGUAUUGCCGCUGAAUGAGCAGACAGAAGGCUGUCUCACCCAGGAACUGCAGACCACCCAGGUCUGCAAUCUCACACGGGAAGCCAAGCGGCCACCAAAGGAAGAAUUUGGAAUGAUGGGAGAUCAUACAAUUAAAAGUCAGCGACCUCGAUCUGUUCAUGAGAAAAGGGUCCCUCAGGAACAAGCUGAUGCUGCUAAAUUUAUGGCACAAACUGCCCUGGAAUCACAUAGCUGCCACAUGAACCCCAGAAAUGAUAAAACCGCUAUGCAAGACCAAGAUUCUCUAUCCCAAAGAGAACACUUGGCCACAGAUAUGGCAACUGAAGAUACCGAAGUAUAUCAAAGGCGUAUCAGAGAACUUGAGCAUGAGUUGGAGAAUGCCAGGAGGGACAACGGCAAGUUAGUUUGCCUGCUGAAUGAAAUUGAUCAACUUGUAUUACCAGAGCUGUCUGAAUGUGUAGAACUAAGACUCUCAGAGAGGCUGAGAGUGUACCUCGAAUGCCUGUUCAUGGAAAAGCAGGAACUAGAAGGCAGAGCAUUCACAGCAGAGAGGACCGUGGAGGAAUUAGAGCAUACAGUGGCUGUUCUUCAGGGGCAACUGCAAGAUGCUACCUGUUCUUUAGCACAGCCAGGAGAAAGCCAGCAGCAUGCAUCCUCGCCUCCUCAGCCUUCUCCUACCCAGUCUUCUAGCAGAUUCUUCUUUAAAAUUAACAAGAAGUCUGCAGAAAAGAUCACAGCAUCAAAUUUGCAAAAACAAGGUGACGCUGUCUUGCCAAAGCAGAAAUUGAAGAAAAGACUAGUAAAGAUUCAUCGGCAAGUUUUGUCAAAACCAGCAGCCAAGCCUAGGAAGGUUUGCUUGUCAAAGGUAGAAGGACAAUCUACUGAACACAAACAAGAUUUAUCCCCAACUACGAGCGGUCCUGAAGCAGAUUCCCGUCGAAGUACACUUCAGUUUCCUGAAGCUUCCGUGACUGACAAGAAUCCAAAAAGUGGAGCUUCUGGUGAUGAACAUGGAUCCAUUAAUGAAGAUGAUGAAGAUAACCAUGUCCAUAAACGAGUACCAGAAGAAGAUACUCUUAGCACAGCCAGUACUCUUUCAAUGAUGGCCUCACUGAAUUUAAGAAGCAGAGAUGAAGCUCAUGAAUUUCUUGACCACUCUUCAGUCAACCAAGACCCUCAUAUUAAGGAUCCAAUGUUGUUGAAAUUUGAAAUAGAAAACUUCAGUGGAUCAUCAAAAGAUGCAUUUUUGUUAAGUGGGGAAAAAUGCAAGGAAAAUGAGAAUCAUGAAUGCAUUGCUAAGAAGCCUACAGAUUCCACUGGUCACAGCAUUUCUCAAAAGCCAGAAGUUCCAGUAGACUUUCUACAGCCUGCUGUUGGAAUAACAAAGUCCACCAGAAACCCACAACUCACUUCCCUUGUUGCAGAGGGAAUUCUGGAAGAUGAUAGCCUGAGCUUUUCUACUGUCUGCAAGUGUGAUGACCCAGUGGCUCUGAAACCAACAACCGGCCAUAUUUUGCCUGCUGAGGAAAUGCUAUGCAGGUUUGGUCUUCUCCAAGUAAAACCAGAAGAAGCUGCCUCUAUGUCUAAGAAACCUGUGUCUCCAGUCAAGACAGGAGGAGGAAUUGUCUCUGGAGAAAAAUGA